CACGCCACAAAUUGAGGGAAACAGCUACGCGCUUGUUUUCAGCGCGUGGGAUGCGUUGCUUCAUUUCUCUCCGUCUCGGCGGGGAACAGAGGUACAGAUCACCCUCCUCCAUUUUCGACAGAAACAGAACAAAUCAAUGUCAUAAAUUCACAACGGCAAUGGUUUCGAUUGGAUUUGGGGCCUGUGAAAUCUGACAUGAAUCUCUCGCUUUCAUCUUCCUCUCCCUCUUCACUGCCUUCCGCUGCAGCAUCCCCUUCUUCCCCAUCUUCUUCUUCAACCACAUCAUGGCUCUCCGGCAUAGUCCGUGGCCGUACCGAUAGGUCCGGGAGCAUGAAACUCUCAGCCAACUCUGCCUCCGGCUUUCUACCUGCGGAUCCUCCUGGUCCCGUCGUUAGGAAGAAUCACUUCCGUGGGUUGCUCUUCAAGUACGGUCCUAAGUCAAUUCAGGUUGCAUUUAAGACAGGCGAUUUCAAACAGCAAGUCAUAUUCAUUGGUGGAUUGACAGAUGGCUUUAUGGCAGUAGAGUAUUUGGAACCUCUUGCAAUUGCAUUGGAUAAAGAAAAAUGGUCACUUGUUCAGAUACUUCUCUCAUCAUCCUAUAGUGGAUAUGGUACCUCCAGCUUGCAACAAGACGCCAUGGAGCUUGAUCAGCUAAUAAGUUAUCUGAUCAAUAAAGAAGAUUCUGAGGGUGUUGUAUUACUUGGACAUAGUACAGGCUGUCAGGAUAUAGUCCAUUAUAUGCGUACAAAUGCAGCUUGCUCUCGGGCAGUUCGUGGUGCCAUUUUGCAGGCUCCAGUUAGUGAUCGAGAGUAUAGAGCGACUCUUCCUGAAACAGCAGCCAUGAUUGACUUGGCUUCAACUAUGAUUAGUGAAGGCAGAGGACUAGAACUUAUGCCAAGAGAUGCGGACCCAUCUUCUCCAAUAACUGCCAAUAGGUAUUAUUCCCUUUGCUCGUACAUGGGGGAUGAUGACAUGUUCAGCUCUGACCUUACUGAUGACCAGCUGAGAAUGAGACUGGGCCACAUGGCUAACACACCGUGCCAGGUCAUCUAUUCCAUGGGUGAUGAAUAUGUGCCAGAAUAUGUGGAUAAGAAGGCAUUGGUUGUUAGAUUGUGCAAAUCAAUGGGAGGUGCAGAGAAAGUUGAAAUUGCACAUGGGAAUCAUUCUCUGUCUAACAGAGUUAAUGAAGCAGUUGAUGCCAUUGUUGACUUUGUGAAAAGGGAGGGUCCUAAGGGGUGGGAUGAUCCAUGGCAUUAGUUUUCAUUCAUCUGCCUGCUACUCACUGUGGCUUCUUAGCUUUUUUUUUUUUCUUUUUUUACUGCUUUUAAAUUUUACUUCCUUUUCUCCUUGUUGCAUUUGAUCAUAUCUCCAUAUUGAGAUGGGUUUAGAUUCUGAAAUCUGAAGAGUAUUACUUUAAUGGGUACGAAAGAUUCUCAGAGAGAGAGUUGGAAUUCUUCUUCUGUUGUUCUGUCCAUAACUUUGGUUACUAUUUACACAGAGCUUACAAUAAGCUACAAGACUGGUUUUUGUGUCAGUAUUAUAUGCAUAUAUAAAGAUUCCAGAUUAAUUCAUUUAAA